AUGGCAGACCAAGAGGAGGACUUCAGCGCCCUCCCGCUGCCCGAUCGCUUCACCCACAAGAACUGGAAGGUGCGGAAAGAGGCGUACGAGGCAGCUGCAAAGGAGUUCAGCCUCGCCGCAAGCGAAUCAGAGCCCAUUGUCCGCCAAUUCGUGAAUGAUGCAAGCAUAUGGAAGGGCGUGGUGGGCGACUCCAACGUUGCCGCACAGCAAGAAGGUCUCGGCGCACUGUGUGCCUUCCUCGAGAUCUCGGGCCACUCAGGCUGCACACGAACUCGCCAGAUAACCAUUGCGACCAUAGCCGAGAAAGGCCUGCCCUCGACGAGACCAGCUGCGAAACAAAAGGCGCUUGAAGCCCUCAUGCUGUACAUUGAGACUGACAAGGCCGACCCCGUCAUCGAGGAACUCCUUCCCAUUCUCUCACACAAGCAGCCCAAGGUCAUCGCUGCGACCCUCGAAGCAUUGACCCAGAUAUACCAUGCCUACGGAUGCAAAACCAUCGAGCCCAAGCCCGUACUCAAGGCUUUGCCCAAGAUGUACGGGCACGCGGACAAGAAUGUGCGAGCUAGGGCCCAGGAACUCACUGUCGAGUUCUACCGCUGGCUGAAGGAAGCCAUGAAGCCGCUCUUCUGGAACGACCUCAAGCCCGUACAGCAGACCGAUCUGGACAAACUGUUCGAAAAGGUCAAGGACGAGCCACCCCCCAAGCAGGAGAGGCUUCUCCGAUCGCAACAAGCCGCCAAGGAGGCUGCAGCCGCAGCACCAGGGGCCGAUGAGGACUACGAAGAGGAAGAAGAGGAGGCUGCAAUUGACCUCGAGCCCGAGUUCGAGGCAGUAGACGUCUUUCCCAACAUACCCAAGGACUAUAACGAGCGACUUGGAUCAUCCAAAUGGAAAGACCGAAAAGAAGUUCUCGAGGAAGUUCAAAAGGCUCUCAAUCACCCAAAGAUUGCCGAGGGUCCAUUCGACGAUCUAAUUCGCGGAUUUGCAAAGAGCAUGAAGGAUGCCAAUAUUGCCGUCGUUUCCACUGCUGCGAAUUGUGUCGAACUUCUCGCCACCGGCUUAAAGAAGAGUUUCGCAAGGUAUCGGAAAGAGAUCAUGGGCCCAAUGAUGGAGCGGUUGAAGGAGAAGAAACAAGCCGUGACGGAUGCCAUUGGAGGUGCGCUUGACGCAGUCUUUGCCUCCACCAAUUUUCAAGAUUGCUUGGAAGAGAUCCUGGAGUUCUUGAAACACAAAAACCCACAGGUCAAGCUCGAGUCUACUCGCUUCCUUAUUCGAAGUCUGAAGGCUACACGUGAAGCGCCAACACCCGAGCAGGCCAAGGCAAUGGCCGAAGCAUCUACGAAGCUGCUGACUGAGUCGCAAGAAAUCCAUGAACUCCAAAACCAGAACGCUCAACUCAUCGAGGACCACACUCGCGACGUACUCUCAAUCAAGGCGAAGGAAACUCAACUCGUGCGUGCCCGCUCAGAUUACGAAGCUGCGGAGCAGACUGUGCAGAACCAGCGCCGAGAAGUGGACCGCCUCAAAAGGGAGCUCAGUCGCCAAGUUCGUGCUACGUCACCACCACCCACAGAGAUUGGAGAACAGAUCUACACGGACAACACGAAUGGCGCACGACUGGGAGACUCUGGAUACGGAAACCAUGGCCUGUAUGGUCGGCGGGAGAGGAGCUUUGCCAGUGGGCCUGGAAGUCCAGGCGGUGAUGGUAAGGAAAACUUCGAUGCUUUGUCUCGACCUAGCAGCAAUUUGAGUGGAAAGCUGAGUCCACGACGAGCAGAUGCAUCAGGGAAAUCAUCGAUAUCAUCGAGAGGAGGUGGUCGCAUGAGCCCUGCGGAGAACGGAAUCGGUCGAGCCGGAAGCUCACAGGCAGCAUCUGGCGCAGAGAGUUGGAAGCGCGCUGCGGAGGUGACGCAGAACUUGAAGCAGAGAAUCGAGAUGAUGAAGGCGAAGCAAGGCAUCGGAAGAACUCCACAGCAAUAG